AUGGCGUUCUAUCAUCAGGUACAGGCACAGCAGCCUGAUGUUGCCUUUUUCACCGAGAUGAUGGACGAGCCUCAGCGUCCUCGCAUGGGAACCAGAGACGCCGCCAAGAUGAUCGCAAGGCAACGACAAGAAAUCAUCGCCAACGAACUGUCUCGAUUGGCAGGUGACGAGUACCUCGAAGAUAUCAUGAAGCACAUGAGGCACAUGGAAGACGAGACACUGCCCGAUGCGAACCUGAUUGACAUGCAGCGCGAGAUUCAGUGGUACAUGAGGCCGUACCUCAUCGACUUCCUCAUCGAGGCCCAUGCUGCCUUCGCCCUUCUCCCGGAAACUCUGUUCCUCACCGUCAACCUUCUCGACAGGUACUGUUCCAAGAGGGUCGUGUACAAGCAGCACUACCAGCUUGUAGGGUGCGCCGCGCUUCUCAUUGCCGCCAAGUACGGGGACAAGAAGGAUCGCGUCCCGCAGAUUCACGAGCUCAACAACAUGUGUUGCGGACUCUACGACGCUGGCAUGUUCACUCAGAUGGAGAUGCAUGUGCUCAACACGUUGGAAUGGACGAUUGGUCACCCAACCGUGGACUUCUUCUCGCAGCUAAUUGUGGCAGAGGAGCAUGACAGGGUCGAGGUUGAACACAUGGCCGCAUACAUUUGCGAGAUUGCCUUGUACCACCGCGAUUUCGUUUCAUCAAAGCCCUCGGUCAUGGCGCGCUCAUCACUAGCUCUAGCCCGCGCCAUCCUGGGUGAGCCCGAGGUCAACGACGGCGAGUGGGAUCACGUCGACAACAUCACGUUGCUGACUCUCUCUCAACACCUUCACCAGCCCUCCGUCGCCCUGUCCAGAAAAUUCUCCGCGCCUCACUUCUCCGGAGUAGCUAAGAAGCUGGCGUCGUUCAUGGCUCACCAGGCCAACAUGGCUCGCGCCCAAGCCCAAGCAGGCCCGCCUUCUCCUCCUUCGGACCACGCUACUAAGCAUGCCGACAUCUACAGUACUCCGCAGAAGGGCCACGGCGCCGUCCAAGGCAUGGCCGAUGGCUACAUGACCCCUCCCAUCACACCCGACGGGCACGCUUUCGUCAACGCUCCGAAGGAUACGUAUCCAAUGCCGCCACGGUGCCCGGUUACCCCCACACCGCAACCUCAACAUUCUGCGUAUGUGUCACAACACAUGAUGCAACAGCACUACGCGGCGUAUAUGCAUCACGACACAACGGGGCAGAUGGUCUAG